AUGAGGUGGCGCUCGGGCUGGACCGUCGUUGGGCUGCUGGUGUCGCUGGCCUUCGUCUCCAGCCUCGGGGCCCGGACAUCGACCCGACGGAAGCACAAAGAGGUGUUUCUGGGAGAAAAUAGCAAGUUCAAGUUCGGAGGGAGGAUUGACUAUAAGCUGAAGCGCCAGGACAGCACCAAGACUCUCCUGAUCAAGACCGAACAACUGCUGAGGAUAGAGGAGCACGACUUCGCCAUGAGGCCGGGCUUUGGAGGUACUGGACCAGGACUUAACCCGGCCUGA